UGACAUGGCAUAUUUUUUCCAACGUGGAUUAUGAAAUCCCAGAGUUCAAAUUGUUCGAACAUCAUUCGCGCGUAGGGUUUCAGUUUUGAAUCGCGAUCGAAGGCAGCGAUGGCGGAUAACAAAAUUGUAGGGAUUUGAGAAUGAUGUGGUCGUGUCCAUCUCCAUCGAUGAGCUAAUUCAUGUGCACUCGUACCGCUUCGAAGUUCCAAAAUGUUUUUGGAAGUAGAGUUAAGAAUACAUCAUGGGGGGGAAUUUUGUUAAACAAGCUGAAGUGGCAUACAUAAAUGGUGAGGUGCACACCAUUACUCUCGAUCCAGGUAAAAUUUCUUAUCCGCAUCUGUUAAAAUAUAUCACUAAGGAUGCAUACAAGAAGGUGAAAUCCUUAUCCUUUAAACUACCUGGGGAGAAGAUGGAGGAGUUAAAGUCAUUAUGGAAUGAUGCAACUACUCUUCAGCUUAUGGAGAUGGCAACUAAUCGGGGGGUAAUUGACAUCUAUGUGGAGCAUGGUAUUGAUGAGCCUGAAUUAAUUUCUUCCUUUGCUUUGCCUUCAACUAUAAAUGCUAAGACAGAUGUAGAGACAGAAGAGAGGGGUCAAGCAGAACAUGUUGCCAAUGAGAAUGAAGUGCACAAAGAAAUGCCACAAUUUGAAGAAGAAAUAGAAGAAGAAGAGCUUUUACAUUCAGGCGAGGAUCAAACUUCAGAGGAAGAGGAGGAGGAUGCCGAUAAUGGUGAUGAUGCAAAGCUAAGAGAGAAGCAAAUGGCCCGGGUAAAGAACAAAAACAAGACGACCACUGAUGAGUUGCUUUCAGAUGAGGAAGAUGAGGGAGUAUCUAGUCAAUAUUAUGACUCAGAUGAACCUCCCAGCUAUUACUCAGAAUCUGAAAAAGAGGAGGUCCAAAUUUCAGAGGUCCAGUCUAAGGUGCAAGAAAGACAUAAAGUUCCUUCAUACAAUCCAGCUUCAGAAUCCAAGGAAUUAGAAUUGGAUAUGUUGUUUGAAGAUGGCAUACAAUUCAAAACAGCCCUGAUUAAUUAUGCAGUGCAUAAUAAGAGAGAUAUUAGGUGGGUGAAGAAUGAGCCAAGAAGAAUUCAAGCACAGCGUGAAAAUAAGAAGUGUCCCUUUAAGUGCACUACUUCAUGGGCUGAACAGUACAAGUGUAUUCAGAUGAAGACUUGGGUUGGGACCCAUAGAUGCAAUGAAAAGUUCAAGUUGAAGAUAGUCAGUCAGAAAUGGCUAGAAGAUAAGUUUGAAAAUAAAAUCAGGGAUAACCCAAGCAUUGGAGUUUUCUGCCAAGAAGAUAGUCUGCCAAGUGAUCUGGGAAGCAUGGCCCGCGUGUAAUGAAGAAGCUGAAUGCUAACAUACUUCACAGUAUGGGCUGGAAGGUAGUAUUUAAUGGGGAUGAUGGGUACGAGGUAAAGAGAGGGAGGCAUCAGUUUCAAGUGCAUCUAAAAGGAAAAUCUUGCUCUUGUAGAGCAUGGGAUUUAAGUGGGAUUCCUUUCCCGCAUGCAGUUUGUACUAUAUUUGACAAGGGUGAUGAGCCGGAUGAUUAUGUUGAUAAUUGCUAUUCGAAGGACCUGUAUGAGCAGAUCUACUCCCAUCAUUUGGAACCAAUGAACGGGGAGUUGUUAUGGCAAAAGACACAAAAUAAUGACAUCCCCCCUCCAAUUCCCAAAAAACUAACUGGAAGACCAAAGAAGAAAAGAACUCGUGAAGCGAGUGAAGUUUCAUCAUCUUCCAAGGGUAGGACAACAGUUUCUCACAAAGGAAGAGUUAUGAAGUGUUCUAUAUGCAAGGAGGCAGGGCAUAAUAAAGCAAAGUGCCCAAAAAAAUCCACAGACACACAACCCACAACGACAACAACGACAGAGGUAGUAUGCAAGCCGUCAAAAAGAAGAGGUAAAACAAAAGGAAAAGAAGGAUGUGAUAGACCUCAAAAGAAAAGAAGAAGCCAUAAGGGUUUUGGGAUUUACAUAGAACCUGAUACAGGAGAAACUAUUGUAGAUCCUGGACUUCGAAGUGAACAAGUACUAUAAGAUGGGAACUGCUAGAUUGGAGAAGUGAUCGUAGAAGUGAACUGCUAAACUGGAUUUUGUUCAGGGAUGAAACCCCUUUGGUUUUGUAAUGUGUCAUUUUGUUCAUGGCUAUAAAUGCCCUUUUUGUAUGUAGCUUAUGCUAAACUGGCCUUUUUGUUCAUGGCUAUAAAUGCCCUUUUUGUAUGUAGCUUAUGCUAAACUGGCCUUUUUGUUCACGGCUAUAAUUUUUGUUCAAAUUAUAACAGAAUGCCAUUUCAUUGCUUAAAUUUUAGUGGCAGUUUAUAAA